ACAUUCAGAGAGCAGGAAGGAAGCCGAGCUGCUCUCGCUUCGCUUUCCGUGGGGCGGCCGCAAAUUCGACCUCAUUAACUCAGGAGUGCUCAGAGGGACCCAAAAAUGACCCCCCAAACCCACCCUGAGCCCCCCAAAUGCUGCUGCUUCAACAUCAAGACAGCGACGGUGGCCCUGGGGAUCUUCCACAUGGUCAUGAGUGUCCUGCUGCUGAUCGAGUAUUCCCUGGAGGUGGCCAACGGGAAGGGCUUCUGCAGAGACCUGGACAAGGAUUACUACAGAAUUGCUGAUGUCACCACCAGUUUCCUGCUGAUCCUCAUGCUGUUUGUCAUCAGCUUCCACCUCCUGCUCGGGGUGCUCAAGAAUAGGGAGCGGCUCCUGAUCCCCUUCCUGGCUCUGCAAGUCAUUGAUUUCCUCCUCAGCCUCCUGACCAUGUUCAGCUCCUACAUCCAGGUUCCAGUGAUCAUCUCCGUGUCCUCGCUGGGCCACACGCAGGGCCACUCCAGGAUUCCCCUGCUGGCGCUGCAGCUGCUGGAUUUCUGCCUGAGCAUCCUCACCCUGUGCAGCUCCUACAUGGAGGUGCCCACCUACCUCAGCCUCAAGCCUGUGGACAGCAGGGGCUCUCCGCCAGCCCUGGAGAAGCUGCCAACAGAGGAAUACGCCAAAGUGAUGAUCACCUUCACCAUUGCCUUCGUGGCUGUGCUGCUCCUCAAGGCCUACAUGUUCAAGUGUGUCCUGAGCUGCUUUAAGUACAUCAAAGCCAGCAGGAGGGAGGAGGUGAAAGUGGAGCCACAGGCAGUGGAAAAGGCCGUGCUGCCAUCCUAUGAGGAAGCCCUGGAAUUGCCUUCCAAGGAUUCCCCCCCUCCCUAUGUGACCGUCUGAGCCCAGCCUGGGGGAGAGGUGACACUGAGUGCUGCUGCCUCUCCCCUCCUGGCAGAGUCCCAGUGCUCCCUCCAGAGCAGUUCCCAUCUUUUUCCAGCCAGAUCCUGCCAGGGAACUGCUGGAGUCUUCUCCCGCUCUGGAACCUCAAUUUCCUGACUCUGGCUCUGGUUGCCAUCCCUGGAAUCUGGGAUUUGGCUGCUGUGGGGUGCAGGCUGGCCCGAGCCCUGCCAGCUUUGCUCUGUGCCACCAGGAUGGCUCAGCAGUGAGACCUUUAGGAGGUGGGAUUAAGGGAUGAACGGGGAAGGAAUUUUCUCUGGGAUAACCCAGCCCUGCAGCUCUGCCAGCCAGAAUUCCUACAGAAAAGGGAUCAGCUAAAAACCCCCAGGAACUGCAGCUCUCGCCCUGUCUGCUUGUGAUGAUUGACAGCGCCCCAGAAUAUCCAACCCAGCGUUGCUCUGCCAUUUCAUACCUGAGUGGGUGCAUUUUUCCGUGCUUUUAUGUGACUUGGAAGACGAGUUUCAAUUAAAAUAAAAAUGUUAAUGGCUUCCAAACUGUGA